AUGUACGAAAUUGAUUCCUUAUUUGAAAGAGAUUAUCGAUGCGUAACUUCGGUCGUUAAAUAUAGUAAUUGCGUUGUGGAUUUCGGUCCGGGAAAAUCGAUUCAUUAUCCGGAACUAAAUGCUUGUUUUUUAAAAGAAAAUUUCAAUUGCAACGCGAUACAUUUCGGUUACGCCAUACCUGUAUUAAUUAUUCCCAUCGAUGAAAAUCCGGAUUUUGUUGAACUCGUGUUCGAUUGUACGCAAGAUUUAGAUCCUCUCGUCGCGGGUUACAUUCUACAAAAUCAUCCGGAAUUUAAUAGUAUACGAUCCGGAGUGGAUCCUUUUAAAAAAAAUAUCGAAGACGAUUGUAUAGAUGAAGUGAAAAACAAUUUCAAAGAUUUUACGGAUUUAUUAUAUCAACAAAAUGUACGGGAAGGGAAAAUCGAGAAAGGAAUAGAAGGAAAUAGGUGGGAUCCGAUGGCGACGACGGCAAAACAUGAUCACAAACGUGUCGGUUCCGCUGUGGAUUUUACGGGAUCGAAUUUAAAUUCUCCGGGUGUUACGACGUGGCCGUUGAAAAACAAAACCAUCGGACAAGAUCCGAUAAAAAAUAAAAAAGAUUCAGUAAAAACAUUACCAAAGAGUUCAGACGAGUUCCUAUCCGAAGUUCAAAGAGAAGAAGAAAAACUAAUAAACGCUCUUAAAUCCGGAGUUAUAAUAACCGAAGAAGAAUCAUCUUUAUCUUCCGAUAAAGAAAAAUUAGUUGAUGAUGUGGAUUCUUCUUCCGUCACCGUUACGUCACCGAAUAAAAUGGUGGACGUUAAUUUUGUUAAAAAUCGUAAUUUUUCAAACGCGACGACGACAAAUGGCGGUUCGAAUAAAAAAAUAUCGUCAGACAAAACCGUGUCGGGUGCGAAAAAAAAAUUUGAAAGUGUUAAUAAAAAAUUACAAAAAGAAGAUAAUGAUGAUGAUGUUGUUGUUGUCACGUGGAAAAAUAAAAAUUCUAAAAAGUGGAUGACCGAUAAUAAUAAUAGUAGUGAAAAAAAUAAAAAUAAUUUAAAAGGACGUAAUAAUAAUAAUAAUAAUAAUGGCGGAGGAGGUGUAGUAACGGAAAACGUACCGCAUCCGGAGCUUACAAUACAACAAAAACAGCAUAUAAGGCAAGUAGGUAGUACCAAUAAUCCAGUUCGACCCUUUCUAACUAGAGGAUCCGUUGCCGAAAGGGUUUUGAUAUUUGAAAAAUGUCCGACGGAAUUACUACUCGAUAAAAGGAGGAACAUAUCGUCGGGUACCAGUUGGCGUUCUGAAUUACAAACCAGAACACAGACGUUUACGAAAGAAAAAGAAAACCAAAGGCCGAUACCACAAUCACCGCCGCCUCAUACGACUUUACAAAGACAAGCAAAAGCAAAUAAAAAUGUGUUCAUACCGAGGUUUUAUUUUCCACAAGGAAAACCCCAAAAUCAACAACAAAUCGAUACGAUAUUACAAAAAUUAUCAACGGAUUUUCGGAAUUUUCCCCUUGGGCAGGUCCCUCAAGAUAAAUUUCAAAUCAUUGUCAAAACAUGCGAAUGUCCACUUUAUUGGAAAGUACCACUUUUCAAGGCUGCCGGAGGAGAAAAAUUGGGAUACGUCGACGCCCAUACAUUUCUCGAUUAUUGGAAACAGCUAGUAUCCACUUGUCACGAUGCCGAAUCUAAAUUUUUAAAAAUAUUAUCCAGAAACGAAACAAGGAAUUUUCUUUUACCGGAAGAUUUUAUUUGUCUCAUACAAGAUGUCGUCGACACUCAUCCGGGUUUGAUUUUUCUUAAAGAAGCCAACGAAUUUCAUUCAAGAUACAUACACACGGUCAUUGCAAGAAUAUUCUAUUGCGUUAAUCGAUCGUGGAGCGGAAGAAUAACUCUACCUGAACUUCGAAGGUCGAACCUUCUUCAAAUAAUAUCACUUUUGGAAGAAGAAGAAGACAUAAAUCAAAUAACUCAGUAUUUUAGUUACGAACAUUUUUACGUUAUUUAUUGUAAAUUUUGGGAACUCGAUAGAGAUCAUGAUCUUUUCAUCGAUCGGCAAGAUUUGACGAGGCACAACGAUCACGCAUUAUCUUCUAGAAUGAUCGAUAGAAUAUUCUCAGGUGCAGUGACGAGAGGUUGUGCAAAAACAACAACACAAGAUAAAAUGAGUUACACGGAAUUUGUUUGGUUUCUUUUAUCCGAAGAAGACAAACAACAUCCGACAGCGAUAGAAUAUUGGUUCAGGUGCAUGGAUUUGGACGGUGACGGUUACCUUUCGAUGUACGAAUUGGAAUAUUUUUACGAGGAACAACUUCAGAGGAUGGAACUAUUGGGUAUAGCAACGCUACCCUUCGAAGACUGUCUUUGUCAAAUGUUGGACAUGAUUCAUCCUCAAACCGAGGGAAAAAUAUCAUUGUCCGAUUUGAAAAAAUGUAAAAUGGUUACCAUAUUUUUCGACACAUUUUUCAAUUUGGAAAAAUAUUUGGAUCACGAACAAAGGGAUCCGUUUGCAUCACAAAGAGAUCACGAAGCCGAAGGAGAGAUGUCAGAUUGGGACAGGUACGCAGCAGAAGAAUACGAAAUUCUCGUGGCAGAAGAAGAAGGAAACGAUCACGGAGACGAAUUAUCAUACGAUUCGGAUGGGACGUCGUCAGAUGGUGGUGGUGGUGGUGGGGGCGGCGUACCACCACCACCAACAUUAGAAAAAUUAAUAAAAACAUUUGAAGAAGUUGAAAAAAUAAAAAUAUCAUAUCCGGAUAAUUUAAAUGAAAAGAAAAAAAAUCUCAUUUCCGUUGUUAAUUCGGAAGUGAGCCUGGCAAAAAUAUUCGAAACGGAUUUCGAAACAAACGAAAACGGAAACAUGAGAGUUAAAAUUCCAAAUACCGGAAAUGGAAAUUUUGAAACUGUAAAAAAAAAAACUCAUAUUAAUAAUAAUAAUAAUAAUAAUACGUUUAUAAAUGCAUGGGAACCAUCGUCUAAGAUAAAAUUAAAAAAUUAUGAAAAUCGUAAUAGAAAAAAUUCAGAACUCGAUCGUGAAAUGGCGUCUGCUUGA